AGUGCCAACCAGGAAGUGAAUGGCGGAAAUACAGCUCUCUUUAACCCACCUCACGCUUCCACUUUCCAAUCACUGUGUAGACCUGUUUCUCGUCUUGAAUGGGGAGGCCAGUCGUGUAGACAGCAGCUGUUUGCAGCUUCUUCCAGUGGACUGUUUUAAAGUGACGAUGUCGCCGCGUCUAAAUGCCAGGAAACAUCUGUGAAGUGAGAGGACGGAGAGCCAGCCAAUGACCGCGCCGAGAGUUUCCUGUCACAGCCAGCCAGUCAAGUUUAACACCGACAUAUGGCCUUGUUCCACAGUGAAUUUUCAGGGACGACGUAACAAGACAACACCACCAUCAUGUUCCUGAAAACAUCGUUCACCACCGUGAUCGUGGGGGUGUUUGUAGUGUACGUGCUCCACACCUGCUGGGUAAUGUACGGGAUAGUGUACACUAAACCCUGUGACAGCCCUGAUGGGGACAACUGUAUCACACCCUUCCUGGCAAGUAACCCGAAACUACAGUUGAGUAUCUACACUGCUCUGCGGCCCAAUGCAGAAGGAGGACAUACCCUGAUCCACAAAGAGGAAGAGUUUGAUGUCAACAUCAAGUUUGAGAGGAUAGUGAACGUCUCCCUGCCCAAGAAGACACGCAACAAUGGAACUUUAUACGCGCUGAUAUUUGUCCAUCGGGCUGGCUUCACUCCAUGGCAAGAUCAAAAUGUGGUCCACCUGGUGGCUCAGCUCACAACGUACAUGGUCCCCAAACAGCCUGAAAUCUCUUUGAUAUCCGGGGAGGACCAAACACAGGGCCAGAAAGAAGAAGCCCAGCAGAAGAAACGGCGUCAUGGUAAACCUGCAGCAGGGGACGCUUCAGAUCACCCAGUUUCCCACUGGCGCUCCCGCCUGACAUUCAACAUCGUCGGCGAUCACUUCCUGUUCGACAAAGAAUACCUGCCCAGUGAUGUCCACAGACACCUCAGAUUAGCCCCGAAUGUUAAGAAGAUGGUUUAUCUACCUCUGCUGUUUGUUGACGAGCUCAGCAACCGGGUCAAGGACCUUGUGGAAGUCAACAGCACCUCCAUGGAGCUUCCUCUGACCAUCGCCUAUGACUCGAUAUCUCUCGGGAGACUGCGAUUCUGGAUUCACAUGCAAGACGCUGUUUACUCCCUGCAGCAGUUUGGUUUCACAGAAAAGGAUGCUGAUGAGAUUAAAGGAAUCUUUGUCGAUACAAACCUGUACUUCCUGGCUCUUACAUUCUUUGUUGCUGCUUUUCAUCUUCUUUUUGACUUCCUGGCAUUCAAGAAUGACAUCAGCUUCUGGAAGCAGAAGAAAAGCAUGGUGGGAAUGUCCAGCAAAGCAGUGCUCUGGAGAUGUUUCAGCACCAUAGUGAUUUUCCUCUAUUUGUUCGACGAGCAAACCAGCCUGCUUGUUCUCAUACCUGCUGGCGUUGGCUCAAUCAUUGAAGUAUGGAAAGUAAAGAAGGCCUUAAAGAUCCAGGUUUCCUGGAGAGGAGGAAAACCAACAUUCCUGUUUGGGAAGUUGGAUGAAUCUGAGAGGAGAACAGGAGAGUACGACACUCUGGCCAUGAAGUAUCUCUCAUACCUCUUGUACCCACUGUGUAUUGGUGGGGCUGUGUACGCGCUAGUAUUUCUACGAUACAAGAGUUGGUACUCGUGGUUGAUCAACAGUUUAGUCAACGGUGUGUACGCCUUUGGCUUUCUCUUCAUGCUUCCUCAGCUGUUUGUCAACUAUAAGCUGAAAUCUGUGGCCCACCUGCCCUGGAAAGCCUUCAUGUACAAGGCAUUCAAUACGUUCAUCGACGAUGUGUUUGCCUUCAUCAUCACCAUGCCAACAUCCCACAGACUGGCCUGUUUCAGAGACGAUGUGGUGUUUCUUAUUUACCUCUACCAGAGAUGGCUCUACCCAGUGGACAAAACAAGGAUUAAUGAAUAUGGAGUUUCAUAUGAUGAAAAGCCUAAAGGAAAGAAACACAAGGACUAACGAGGACAGACUGGUUGUUAUGGUACCUGUGGGUUUUUUUUUCUACAGUUCACUGGUAUCCAUUGAUCCUGUUUGGUGUUAUAUCAGCUAGUUUGACACUCUGCAGGAAAGGUGUUUUGCUUCCCAUCAACAAGUUGAGUUGGACCAGAUUCAUCAACACCCCUGUGGUCAUUGAAUUUUUUCCUUGUCUCAAAGUCAAAAUAGUGAAAUGGACAACUUCUGAACAGCUGCUUUUUUGCUGUCCAGAGGAGAACAUCUUGUGUUUUGGGAGGCCAAAUCUUGAACAUACCGGGCUCACAGCUACGACCAUGUCACCUUCAGGUCUGACAUCUCUUGGCUUUAGUGUAUAAGAGCACACUGGUGAAGUUCCUCAAACUUCUACAGUGUCUAUUCAUGGCCACAUCUCAGUCAUAAAAUUAUCCCCUAGAAUAGAUUAUUAUACUUUGAAACAUUCCCUUGUUUACAGAUGACAAGGAGCUGACAUAAGGAUUCCAUGUGCUGGACAUCAUAGUAAAUUUGAAACUAAUGAUUAGAGUAAAUGUAAUACAAUGUAAGAGCUGAGGUGGGUACAGACUAUCAGAAUUGUUACAGAGGUUGUAUAGUUCAGUUUAAUAUUCUUGAAGUAUCAUUUAUAAAGUGAGAUCCUAGAAGGUUUUAUUAUUGCACACUGAAAAAGACUGUUCACCUUCUAUCACUGAGAACAGAUCAAUGUGUUGACAUUUCAAAAUGUUACUCCUAAAUGAACUCAAGUGUAAAUGUCGAGAAAGUGAACUCAUGUAAACAAAAGGACACAUUCCAGAGUGACAGGAGAGAGAGUAUUGAGUAUGAGCUGAAAAUAUCUGAAGCAGUAGUCAGAGGAAACACAACUGAAAGGUAAGAAAAAAGAAACAUAUUUGAAAUACAUUACUUUGAACUAUUCAGAUUUGAUGGAACAGAUCAUCCAUCUAUGCACAUAUAUAGAGAAGAAGAUGAUUCUGACUAGUUGCCAUGGCGAAGAGGAAGAACUUCUUGAAAAGCAGUAGCAUCAGGCUGAAGAAUUUGAUGUGUUGCUAUGGAGAUGGGGUUAUAUUGCCUUAAUAUAAUAUAAUUUUAAACCUGAUCAUUGAAGAAUCUGUUUGAUUGAACUCUGUCCACACCUUUAAUGACUUUAAUGAUUCAUCACACGCUAACACAAGGGACCACUCAAAGCCAUACCGUCUGCUCCGUCCACUCUUUUACCUGCUGGAGUAUUUUUUACAUAUCGGGGCAUGGAAUCUAUUAUAGUGCCAAAUGUGAGAAUUAUUCUUUGAACUUUGAAUGUUCACCAUAAACUGAUGUUUUUUAUAAAUAAACACUGACAUUGUGGGGAAAACGUGAAAUAGUUAAACUUGAGGAAAGUAUUAAAACGUUUGGUUUUUCAGUCACGUCCAUUUUCUGAUGUAGUUCAAAUGUUAUAUCUUAGAUUUUUUUUUUAUAAAAAGACUUUCCCUUGGAAUCGGCGUACACCGUGUUCAGAUAUCAGGAUUAGGUCUGUGCACAAAGAUCUAGUACAGGUUUUCUUUUCCUGUUGUUAAACAGCCCAAGAGAGAUUUACUAGAAAUUUGCGUUGAAGUUUUGCUUAUUGUAAUGUUUUUGUGAUUGGAGAUGAAAUAAAAUUGACUGACCCAACAUA